AUGCAUCUUUUGUCAGCUACAGCAUCCAGGCUGAAUGGGAAACCGUUCCAGUGGCAGAUUCAAGAUGGGAGCCAGUGGUUAGAUGUGGCCCACGAUGACAUUAUAGAAGCACAAUAUACAUUGCCGACUGUGGAAGGGAUCUAUCUGCACACUGCUGGAUAUAGAACAAUCUAUCUGGACUUUGACAAGAUGGAAACCAUUGGCAGCAAUUUCAAGCUACAAAGGCUGACCUUUCCACAAUCUCAGCGGAUUGAUGAAUACAGCUGGUAUUUUCUGGAUGAUCAUUUCUGGAGGGAAUAUGGAGUUCAGGGCACCGGCCUCAAAACUACAUUAAUCACAAGUUCUGAUAUUGAAUACGAGUUCCAGACGGCUCCUCAGAAUGUCUUCAAUUUUAGAAUUGGAAAUUUUAAUUACACCAUUAAUUUUCAAGCAAUGAUCCAGACGAAUGUUCAAACAGGUAUGAGGAGAAAGGUCAGGAGGAGGCCCCGGUUUACCUCCAUGAAUCAGAAUCCAAACAGCAUUUCAGGAGCAAUGGGUAACCCAGCUCUGUCAAACACCCUCCCCUCAUGCACUUGGCAGUUCAAAGGUGACCAUGGCCGUUGGCUGGACUACAGGAGAUUGGGUGAAGGUGGGAUUGCUUGCUCAAUCAAUAGUCAAGAUAUUGAACAGAGUUAUCAGCAGAAUCCCCAAGGAUCCCUGCAAUUUACUGCUGGCCGCUUCCAGUACAGACUGGAUUUGUCAGCCAUGACACAAACCAACCUUUUAAUUGGCACUAGGAGAGCAGUGAGGCGUUUGGAAACACCUAGCCUUGGGGGAGCUAAUGCGUAAGUGUGUAAUAUAUUAGUAACACAGACCACAGACACAACAGGAAUAUUGAUAUCAACAGAAUUCUGCAUGAAAUAUGAUUAAUCCACAUUCAUAAUUUGCUCCUUUUCUUUAGUACUGAUUGACAGUGUAAGGGAAGCAAAGGCGAGUGUUUUUAAGAUUUAAUCAAUUUCCCUAAUUGGCGUGUUCAGAGAUGUUAUCACACACCUCUGGAGCAGGUGGGACUUAAAGCCAGGCCUCCUGGUCCAGGGGUAGCAACACUACCACUGUGCCACUAGAGGGACAGCAGUGGGGAGUGUACACUAAUGAACAGAAAAGAGGCAGCCGUUUGAGGUGUUGGUGGCAACUGAGUCCAAAUGGGGAGACAAUUCACACAAAAGAUUGUGAUUGAGUCCGGAUUAUUCUACCGUGAAGUCAGAUUCCUAAAUGAUGCCUGAUCCUAAAGCACUUGGAUGUGGAUCAUCACUUGUCGUUCUCACCCGGGAUCCAGACUGCAGAUUGAGCCCAGGACUAGGCUACAUAUAACCAUGCGUUGUGACCGGUUAAAUCCUAUCGUUGAAUCAUGGGGGACAAGCAGCCAGGGAACUUGAGAACACUGAACACUGGCUUUCCAUAACUCACCUCCUCACCCACCAAAUCCUAUCCACCACCUACAAGGCACAAGUCCAGAGUG